AUGACUGUUGACGAGUGUCGAGCUCUUGAAGCGCUUAGAGAUAACUCUGCCCUCCAUCCUAGCUUCGAGGAAGGCACAGAAGACUUCGAUUUUGGUGAUGUUUGGAAUGGUACUGAAGCGCUCCCCAUCAGUCACGCGGGGGGCGAGUUCAAUGACCUCGCAAGAGGUAUACUGGGCGAUACCUGGAAAAUACAGGACGGUACUCGAGGGGUACGACGUGUCGACAAUCGCACUCGUCGGGAUCGCGUCCUGCGCAGGAAUGAAGCUUUUACCAAGCAAAUCCCUGCAAUGACUGACGCUUACCUUGUCUGGAGUCUAGAAAAAUCGAGGAUGGGACACCGAAGUUUUUUCGAUCAAUCUCACAAAGGCGAGCUUGAGGAUGGUAGUGAGUGGGCAAUGACUAUCGUAGAUAAAGUGAUACUUAAAAUAUCUUCUACGGACAAUACCGUUGCUUCUGCACUUGUGCGUCAAGCCCUUGAACUAUAUCGUGUCGCACACCUUAGGAGCCCUCAUCUUUCGGUUCAAGCAUUUGUGAAAACGAUGUCUGAUCUACAUGGGAUCGAAUUUCACCGCCAUUUGUCACGACAAUUCUCUAUUGCAUUUGACUUAUACCUCGAAAUCAGACGAUGUGUAGCCACCAUGGUAGCAAAAGCACUCCAACGGGACUCGCCUGAUUGGCGCGUCAAACACACGUGUCCGGCAUGCUCAUAUAUACUAGCUAACGAGGAACAGCUGACCUUCAAGAUGUUGCGAUCUCUGGAUGAUGACGACACUCUUGGUAUAUCGUCCGAACUCCCUACCGGUCAGAUACACACCAGCGACCGCUACCUUUCUCGCACUUUCGUAGACCAAUUUACACGGGACUUGCCACCUGCAACAGGUGACGAGAGUACACCAGCGGAUAACUUAUGCGAAGGCCGUUGGAAAAACAUGGACGAUAUGAAGACAAUGAAGGCCUGGGGUAUAUAUGAUGAAACGGGUGUUUUCGUAGCUGUCUGCCGUCACAGGUUUUGUCUCCUCAUUGCAGACAUGGUGCAGAGCGGAGAACUCGCAAAGUAUCCAUUGGCCGUUGUGGCCAGGCUAUUGGACGUUUUCGGUGACGGCUUAGGUGGUGGCUACGACAUCGGGUGUCAAUUCAAGGUUACCCUUGAUAACAGUUCUCUUGGUCCGCUCGUACGUUCGCUAAAUCACACUUGCUUGGUCGGAGCAUUCCACGGACAUGCGCACAGACGUUUGUGCCAGCUUUUUUCCCUCACAACCUACAUUAAAGGCCUCGGAAUUGAGGACCUCGAAACGUGCGAGCGCACUUUCUCAAAAUCAAACGCCCUUGCAUCAUCUCUACGUUACGCCAGCGUGUUCCACCGCCAACAAGCCAUCGACUCGUAUUUCGAGCACAACGACGACUUUGAGGUAUACGCAAAUCUAUCUAAUUUUCUUCACAACAACUACAAACAAGCCCUGGAUAUAUUAGCAAAUGGCAAUGCGGUGCUACCGAACAUGAUGCGAGAUCUUGGAGUCGCAGAUGACGGAGUGUUCGAACGUUGGUUGGACGAAGAAAAGGCCUAUCUGAAAGGUUUGACGCAUGAGCCCGAAGAAGAGACUUUGCAAAUGGAAUAUUGGCAAAGGUUGGUCAACCUGAAGGCAAGCAGUCUCUAUCAUGAAGCAUUGCUCUCGACGCUGCAACCGCUAUGUUUUCAAUGGAUUCCCACCACGACAUCGCAUCUUAUGACGCCCAUUACACAUCGUCAUGUUGUCGAGGACUACGAGAGGAGCCUGAAGCUCGUGCAAGUACUAGAAUGUAAACUGGAGGUUAUCAUGCGCUGGGUUCCUGAUGAUGCAGAGUGGCAGAAAGCAAGGACCCUUGUCGCUAACAGGAAGUACCAACGGGCAGUAGACCGUUUGGAGGGUUUGGUGGUGGCGCGCAUUUUUGAACUUACCAAAAUGAACAGGGCGGGAACAGGUUAUAGAUUGCGCAAGCACAUCGCUAAAGCAUUACAGACGCGCUCGGUGGCUAUCAGAUCCGCACUCAACACUUAUAACACCGUUGCCACUGCGAUGUCCCCUCCCCGGCAAACACUCAAGUGGGAGGAGGUUGUCGAUUACGCAUUCCUAUCUGACUUUGACCUGCUACGCAACACGCGUGCAGAUGUUUCGCAAACCCCUUGGGCUACACCUGGAGCUCGUAGUGCAAUGGACCUCUAUUUUAAGAUGUGCCGGGCACAGGAGGAGAUUUCUCGUCUCAAUGUUGAGAUACGCCGUCUGGACAACUAUUUACGAACAUGUGAGGAUCAGCUUAAGUUUCGCAGCCCAGCUCUUGCACAUCAACUCGCCAUUCAUCGCAACACUCGAGGCCGGUUCAAUGCACGCCAUUUGAAGAGGCUUCACAAUAUAUCCACACUCCCUGGUUUCAGUGGGACAUUGCUCCCUGGUCUCAGUGCGCGCAUGGGUUCGGGAGAGAGCGCCAAUAACCCAUCAUCAGCUGUACUAUGUGCCGAUAGUUAUGAAGAUCUGGAUGAGGAGGAGGAAGAGGAGGAGAUGGCUGAGGAAGCAUCCAGGAACUUGCAGGACGUCCUCCUCAUCACUGAUGAUUUUGCACGGCUCGAGCUUAACGAUAGCUUAAUUGACUUGACAUAA